UUUUAUCUUCCAGUUUCUUUCUCUCUCUCUCUCUGUCUCUUAACAAUCACUCACUACUUGGCUAGCUUUCUUUCUCACCUCUCUUGCUUCAUUUUCAUCUUAGAACAAGAGCUAGGCUUAUCCAUUUGGCUGUUUCUCUCAAGGAAAAAAUAUAAGUUGGCAAGUAUGGGUGGCUAUCACUAUGGAGCUAAGUUUUUCAGAAGUUGGAUUGGAACUGUCUGUCUAAUUACCUGGAUUGUAUUCGUUGGGUUUCUUUUUAAUCAACACAAGACAACUACUUUUGCAAUGGCGGCAAUGGAACCAAAUCAUGAAUCGGGAUCAUCAGCAGCUAUCUCUGUGGCAAACAAGAUUAACAAUUCUCAUCUUCACAUGAAGAAAUCAGCUUUCAGCUUUUCUGUUAGCAAGAGGAGAGUUCCCAAUGGCCCUGAUCCUAUUCACAACAGGAAAGCAAGGAAUACCAGAGAACCACCCGGUAGAAAUUAGCUAAAGGAGGCAAGAAGAUUUAGCCUUCAAGAGAGCUCUCCUCUCACAAAAUUAAGUUACAUGAUCAACAUCUUCAAAAAGAUGGAACUUUCAGCGACAAUCAAGAGUUAAAUGUGCCUAUCUAAUGACGAAAUGAUAAAGAGGAGUACUGGGAUUUUCUAUAGAUACAAGAAAAUAUGUUAUUUCUUCUGUUUUGUGAACAAGAGAAAUUAUUUCUAAUUAGGCAUGCACACUUGAAACUUGGUAAGAGAUUUGAUGUAUAAAAGAAAGCAUUUGAUUUCUUCUC